AAAAAAGAAAAAAAAAACCAGGAGUGUCUCUUUCAUAAAAUGGUUUGGCAACUGAACUAAGACAGUGAACAGAAAUUUCGAAUGCCUCUCUGCGGGUGCCUUGAUCUACUUACUGGAUAAACUCAAGUCCUCCAGAACCGACAGUACAACCAGGUAGCAAAGAAGAAAUGCCAGCCAUUGAUAACCUCACGGCCGGGCCGAGGAACAGCAGUCUUUGUACCAGAGAUUACAAGAUCACCCAGGUUCUCUUUCCACUGCUCUACACUGUUCUGUUCUUCACAGGACUCAUCACCAACGGCCUGGCGAUGAGGAUUUUUUUUCAAAUCCGCAGUAAAUCCAACUUCAUCAUUUUUCUUAAGAACACAGUGAUUUCCGACCUUCUCAUGAUCCUGACUUUUCCGUUUAAAAUUCUCAGUGACGCCAAGCUGGGAACGGGACCUCUGAGAACCUUUGUGUGUCGGGUCACCUCAGUCAUAUUCUACUUCACAAUGUACAUCAGUAUUUCGUUCCUAGGACUAAUCACUAUUGAUCGCUACCAGAAGACCACCCAACCAUUCAGGACAUCCAACUCCACCAGCCUCCUGGGGGCCAAGAUUCUCUCCGCCGUCAUCUGGGCAUUCAUGUUCUUACUCUCGCUGCCGAACAUGAUUCUAACCAACAAGAGGCCGAGGGACAGCAAUGAGAAGAAGUGCUCUUUUCUCAAAUCGGAGUUUGGUCUGGUCUGGCAUGAGAUAGUCAACUACAUCUGUCAAGUCAUUUUUUGGAUUAAUUUUUUAAUUGUCAUUGUUUGUUACACACUCAUCACCAAAGAGCUCUACAAGUCAUACCUAAGAACAAAGGGUGUUGGCAAAGUUCCCAGGAAAAAGGUGAAUGGCAAAGUCUUCAUUAUUAUUGCUGUGUUCUUUAUUUGCUUCGUGCCUUUCCAUUUUGCUCGAAUUCCCUACACCCUGAGCCAGACCCGGGAUGUCUUUAACUGUACUGCUGAGAACGCGCUGUUCUAUCUCAAAGAAAGCACCCUGUGGUUGACUUCACUGAACGCAUGCCUCGACCCCUUCAUCUACUUUUUCCUCUGCAAGUCCUUCAGAAAUUCCCUGACAAACAUGCUGAAGUGUCCCAACUCUGCGUCACUUACGUCCCCAGAAAAGAGGAAAAAGGGACAGGAUGGUGAUGAACCCAGUGAAGAGACUCCAAUAUAAAUCAAUGCAGAGUCUGCCAGUGU